AUGUAGGUUCGGCAUGCUGUAACAACUGUCAUUGGAGAAUGGUUGUUGCACCUACGAGAUAGAUACUCAUAUUUUCACAAGUUGAUCCCUUUGUUACUUGGCAGCUUUACUGAUGAAAUUCCUGAAAAUAUGAAACUGGCUUGGACUUAUUGGGAAAAGAUAGGUUUGCAGUGGGAGAAAGAAAAUGAAGAAGAUCUGAAGGAUAAGAUGGAUUUUGGUGUUUCACCAUCUCAUUAUCCCAAAGGAGUGACUCGACCAGGACUAGGUUGUCGGGAACUUGUGUCAAGAAACCUCUCAAAAAUUCUUCCAGGUCUCUGUCAUGAUAUAACGGACUGGGUUGAAAGCACAAGAAUAAAAGCAUCCCAGCUUCUGUAUACAUUGUUGCUACAUGCAGAGGAUCACAUAACGCAACACAUGGAACUACUGCUUAGAACUUUGUACCAAGCAUGCUUGGAUGAAGAAAGGGAUGUGGUUAAAAACUGUGUGAAAGCAGCAGAAUUGAUUGGAACGUUUGUCAGCCCUAAGGUGUCAUUGAAAUUAAUCACAUCAGCCUUUGGGAAGCCACCUAAGCCAUCUUGUAUAAUGGUUCUAACUGCAGUGAUUCGAGGUAGCCCAAAAGAAAUCUUACAGCCUCAUCUAACCAAUCUUGGUGACACGCUGUCUCAAGCUGGAGUUUGUCAACAAUCUGAAGAGGUCUUUUAUAUGGAGCAGUUGCUUUAUUGUGUACAAGCAUUGAUUGAAGUAUGCCAGGAAGACUGCAAGGAAAUUAGCUUACAGCUAAUGAAAGUUUUGGUGACAAUAAUGGCAAUACCAUGUUCUCAGCACCUUAAAGAAAAGGUAGAGGAAACAAUGUCUUCAUUAGCUGAAGUGCAGCGAUUGGAUAGUUUUAUUUAUCUCUACAAACAGCACAUAAUUCAGCUUAUGGAAUGGGUUUCAGUAUCAUGUGAUUGUUGGAUAUGCUAUUCUCCAGAAAUAUUACAGUUAGAUGUCAUCGCAACUCAUUCAGGUCCUGUCAUAGGUGAAGCUCUAAAUAACUUCAUUCUCAUUCUUAAAACGUGUCUUCAGCCAAACAAAGAUCCCCAGAUGCGGUUGAAACUUUUUACUAUUUUAUCACAGUUGCUCCAGAAAGCAAGUGAAACUGUCAAUUCUCAGGGGUAA